AUGUUGUUAUGACAAUAAACAGAUGUGCAUUGUGUGUUCCUUGCUUUUGCGAAACAUAACCUAAAAAGAUUGAAAUAAAUAUUUAGUUUUCAGUAAAAAUGGAAGAUUUACAGCUUAAUAUUACAUCAUUUAAGAAGGUGAACAAGAAACCAAGUGUUACUCCUAAUAAUGCUUCAGAAUAUAAAUUUACAUCUAAACAAAAGUUCACUGGAAAAACUAUAGCCAGAAAGAGACCUCAAAUGUUUGAUAAAGUUCACAAAAAUGACGAAGUAGGGCCUCAAAAGAAAAUUUUUAAAUCCUCAGAACAGACAUCCCAUAAACCAGACUUGGCUUCUAAUUUAAGAGAUUUGAGUGAAAAUAAAGGCAAAUAUGAAGGCAAAAAUUAUCAAGAGAUCAAUGAUGAGUUACAAGUCAAACAAAAUAAACCUAGAAGUGGAGGUUGGAUUUCAUCAUUAUUUAAAAAUAAUCCUGAAGUGCCUCGCAUUGGCCAGCGAGCUGUAAAGCCUUUAGUAGAAAAAGUAUUUGCUGGUAAAACAUUUGCAGAUAUAGAUAUUCAUCCACACUCUGUUGCUAACUUGCAGCAAAAUUUAAGUCUGAAAGAAUUGAUGACAGUUCAACAAAACGCUGUUCCGAUUAUAUUGCAGGGAAGAGAUGUAUUGAUCAGAUCACAGACUGGUUCAGGUAAAACCCUCGCAUAUGCCUUACCAAUAGUAGAAGGGUUACAAGAAAUACGACCAAAAUUAAACAGGCAUGAUGGCAUCAGAGUGGUGGUUGUCGUGCCCACCCGGGAGUUAGCUGUGCAGACUUAUGAAUUAUUUGUAAAACUUGUAAAGCCUUUUACUUGGGUUGUGCCUGGUUUGUUGAGUGGUGGACAAAAACGAAAAGCAGAAAAAGCAAGGCUCAGAAAAGGACUCAGUAUAUUAGUUGGAACUCCGGGCAGAAUAAAUGACCACUUGAGACACACAAAAUCUUUGAACUUUGCUAAAACUGGUUGCCUAGUUUUAGAUGAGGCAGACAGAUUAUUAGAUAUGGGCUAUGAAAAAGAUGUAGCAGCUAUAGUGAAAGCUAUUCAGGAUCAUAAAAAAGCUGCUACAUAUGAUCCACUAGCUUUAGCCAAGCAGAGUAUCAGGAAAGUCGAUGAAAAUAGUACUGUAGAAGCAGAAGUUUCUAAUGAACAGAAAAACUCAAAUUAUAAACAUCAUUUAACUGAAGUGUUUAUGUCUACAGAAAGGCAAACUAUUUUGCUUUCUGCAACUCUUACUAAAGCUGUAGAGAAUUUAGCUGGAAUCACUUUGGUGGAUCCUGUAUUUGUGGAUACAUCUGAAGGUAGAGCACUUGUAGCUGAUUCUCUUAAACCCCAUCAUGGCGAAAAUUUAUUGGCUCAAGCAAACUUACCAGUAAGAACAUUAAAUAAAGAUAAAAGUAUAAAAGCGGUUCCUCAAAAAUUGGAAGAGGUUCGUCAAAAUGGUAAAGAAGAUUUAGUCGCUAAAUCUGAACAAACUAAAAGAGGUUUAAAAUCAUUCAAUGGAAUUAAUCAUCCAGAAUUGUUUGAAAAUGAAAAUAAAACUUCAAAUGUUCAAGUACCGAACAAUUCUAAAAAACAUGAAGAAAGUGACAGUGAUUCAGAUUACGAAUAUUUCAAAGUUCAAAAUGACUUAGAUGAUAAAAGUAAAGUAGUAGACUUUAAAGAAGAAGAGGAAGAAGUAAUCAAGCCCGCUGAGACGGGCAACACUUUUGUUGAGGCUGUCAAAACUGCCAUAGUUGAAGAUGAACUAAUAUUACCAGCAACAGUUAAUCAGACAUUCCUUAUAGUGCCAAUGAAACUAAGAUUUGUGACGCUUUGUUCUCAUAUUGUGGAACAUUGUGUGUUGAACAAGAAAGGUGGUAAAAUGAUUGUUUUCAUGGCAACAUUAGAAAUGGUGGAUUAUCAUUCAGAGUUGAUUGAGACUGUACUAACUGGUAAAAAUGUCAGAGUAAAGAAGAAGGAUAAGAAAUCUAAAACAAAUAAAAAGAGAGUCAAUGGAAAAAAUGAUGAGGAUAAGUCAUCAUCUGAGUCGGAAUUCGAAGUAGACUAUGAAGAACCAUCUGAGGGUGGUUUAGUUCCGGUUGAUAUAGAAAUGUUCAGGCUUCACGGGUCGAUGCCACACGACCAGCGAAUGGAAGUGUUUAAGCAGUUCCGGGCCGCUAGAAAUGGGGUUCUAAUAUGUACGGACGUAGCUGCGCGAGGCUUGGACGUACCCCGAGUGGAUUUAGUGUUGCAGUACUGCGCACCUGCUUCUGCCACGGACUAUGUUCAUAGAGUUGGUCGUACCGGUCGCGCGGCGCAGGUCGGCGCUGCUAUUAUGUUUCUGCUGCCCAGUGAAGUAGAAUUUGUCAGACAUCUAGAGCAAAAACGGAUAAGAUUACGGCAGGCCGACGAAUCUCGCGCGUUAGAAGCGUUGCGGACCAUAGCCCCCACGGCAGCGAACGCCGCGCGCGCCGCCAUUGCCGUGCAAACCCAACUGGAGUCCACCGCGCACGGCAGCAGGGAGUGGCUCGCCAGGGCUAGCAGAGCCUACACGUCCUGGGUGCGGUUCUACUCCGGGUACCCCCGCGAGGUGAAGCAGUGGCUGGACGCGCGUCAGCUGCACCUGGGGCACGCGGCCAAAGCGUUCGCGUUGAGGGACACCCCCGCCGCCCUCGCGAGAAGAGCCAAAGCAGACCCCAACCUGAAAAAGGAGAAGCCGGUGAAUAGGCUCACGGUUCGUGAAGAGGAGGAAAGGAAACGACCAGGAUUUAACAAAGUAAUGGCAGGAGCAUUUGGAGGAAGAAUAGUAAAUAAGCAGAGCUCCAUGCACACCGCCAGCGAGUUCGACAGCGGGCUGCCGCCUCUAGAACCGCAAAAGAAAAAGAAAAAAUAUUAAAACUUUCCUCCUGUGCUUUAAUAUAAAGAAAGAAAAGAAUUUGCUAGAUAUUUUACUGUUCGCCUUUUGUUAUUUGUAUGUGUUGAAUA